AAUGACGAGCAAGUCCUCCAGGAAUUUUAAUAUAGCUCAGUGGUCACAUUUCACUGGUUUUCUGAUUUCUCGUGAUUGACUAUAAUAUCGCGAUAUAAACAGAAAAACACAAUCAUGAACGAAGAUAUGGCAUUACGGGAUUGGUAUAAGCAGUAUCUGACAGGUUAUGAUUUCAACGCAGAAAGCAAGACAGAAGAUUGCGAGAAAUUUUAUAGAGAUCUUAGCAAGCGCUAUGAUAAGUGCAUGGUAGAUAUGAGUUAUGAAGCCCCGGUUGCAACAGCUGACAUUCUAUGUAAAUAUAUGGAGCAGUUUGGGUACAAUAAAGAUGUUUGUAUUCUUGAUUUUGGUUGUGGUACUGGACUGGUUGGUGAAGAGUUAAACAGGAGAGGUUACAACAAUAUCGAUGGAGUUGACCUGUGUGCUGAGAUGGUGGAAAAAGCCAAGGAGAAGGGUGUGUACCGGACACUCACCCAGGGGGAGAUGGCAUCGGAGGGGUGUGAAAAGCUUGGAGUGGGGGCUGAUCAAUAUGACGCAGCAAUAUGUGUGGGAGUGAUGAGUAUGGGUCAAGUGAAAGGCAAAGGUUUUGAUGAUUUCAUUCAUGUUCUAAAACUUGGAGGUCUGGCCUGCUUCACAGUCAGGAACAUUGUUGCAGAGGACCCUGCCUAUGGUUAUGGCGAGAAAAUGGAGGAAUUGUGCAGUGCAAAAAAGUGGAAAUUGCUUGAGAAAAAAGUUGGUCCCUAUCUUAUAGAUGAUGGCUGUUGUAUAUUCUGUUUUCAAAAACUGAAAACUAUUAAUAGGAACUACUAACUCUCCUGACAAAGGCCCUCAGGUCAAAACGUUGUGAAGUGUUUUGUGGAUUUUAGGCAGUUGUUAUACCACAUUUGAUGCUAAGUUGUUUGAAGACGCUGCCAUGCUGCUCCCUGGUUAUAUUGAAACUAUUAAUAGGAUGAACAAUCUAAUUUUUCUAACUUUUUAAAUUUAAAUGUAGAAUGUAUUAAAAAUU